AUGUCUCAAGCAGGUCGUGUGAUUAUUUACGGCGGCAGAGGAGCUCUAGGAGCCAAAUGUGUGUCUCACUUCAAAGCAAAUAACUUCUGGGUAGGAUCCAUAGACAUGGGAGAAAACCCUGAAGCAGAUGUUAAUAUAAUUGUCAAAAAGGAGGAGAACUUUCAGCAACAGGAAACUUCAAUUCUAUCAACAAUCAAAUCAGCACUGAAUGGUUCGAAGCUGGAUGGAAUUUUUUGUGUAGCAGGUGGUUGGGCCGGAGGAAAUGCCCAAAAAGAUUUGACAAAGAAUGCCGAACUCAUGUGGACCCAAAGCGUUUGUAGCUCUCUCAUUGCAGCUAGCAUCGCUGCACAUCAUCUCAAAGAUGGUGGUAUUAUUCAGCUCACCGGAGCAAAAGCUGCUCUAGAAGGCACACCAGGUAUGAUUGGCUAUGGUUUGGCCAAAUCAGCGGUUCAUCAACUAACCAAGUCUCUCGCAUCUAAGGACAGCGGGCUACCUCAAAAUGCUUCCGCUGUUGCCAUCCUUCCUAUCACUCUGGACACUCCCAUGAACAGGAAAUGGAUGCCCAAAGCUGAUACGUCAACUUGGACUCCACUGGAAUUCAUAGCAGAGUUAUUUUUGAAGUGGGUGACAGGCAAGGACACGCCACAAAAUGGCAGUUUGCUUCAAUUAGUCACUAAAAACUUCCAAACUGAUGUUAUUGCAGCUUGA